UAUCUUGUCAGCCAAUUAACGCGCUUGAAAAAUUUGUCUCGUACGACAAAUGAACUCUAGUUGAAUCAGACGUUGACCUAACCUUUAACUUAACCUAACUCAACAUGGUAGUUUGUCAGUCGUGAAAGUCUUAAGUGGAGGUCAAAUCUACCUAAAUUCUAUUUUGCAUCGUGUAAAAUUCAACAGUUGACCAAGAGAACGAAAUUUGUAUUCUGCAGCUGAGAAUAAUGAAACAGGACAAUGUUAAUUUAAUCGUGUAUACAAUAAAUCAGUGACGACUCGUUUACGAGUAUCAUCAAAGUCUUAACCUGAAUUCUAUAUGGCAAUGUAAAAAUGUAAAGUUCACGCUGCUCCUUCAUACGAUGGGCAUGGGCUCGACGAAACGGUACACCUCUACGAGUGUCGUGUGAGGAAAAGAGUUUUCAUCCGUGCGGAAGGUGGAGCUUGGAUGAAACGCGAAUGCAGACGCAUUCGUUCGAGAUAACUGAAAAUGUUUCGUAGUCGGAGCUGGUUCGGUGGCGGACUUUGGAAGCCCAAAAAUCCACAUUCUCCAGAGCACCUUAAAUACCUAUACAAUGUCUUGUCGAAGAAUCAGACCGUGUCUGAGAACAACAGAGGUUUGCUGGUCGAAACUCUACGUUCGAUAGCUGAGAUUCUCAUAUGGGGCGAUCAAAAUGACAGUAGCGUAUUUGAUUUUUUCCUGGAGAAGAACAUGCUUUCAUUUUUUCUGCGUAUUAUGAAGCAGAAAUGUGGGAGUUAUGUGUGCGUUCAAUUGCUUCAAACGUUAAAUAUUUUGUUUGAGAACAUACGCAAUGAGACAUCCUUAUACUAUCUGUUAAGUAACAAUCACGUGAACAGUAUAAUAGUGCACAAAUUUGACUUUAGCGAUGAAGAAGUGAUGGCAUAUUAUAUCAGUUUUCUAAAAACAUUGAGUUUGAAGUUAAACGCACAUACAAUCCAUUUCUUCUAUAACGAGGUAAACGAGCAUACCAAUGAUUUCCCACUGUAUACAGAAGCGAUCAAGUUUUUCAAUCAUUCGGAAGGUAUGGUGCGCAUAGCUGUGAGAACUUUGACGCUAAAUGUGUAUCGCGUCGAGGAUGCGUCUAUGCUAGCUUUCAUAAGGGAUCGCACAGCUGCGCCAUAUUUCAGUAAUCUCGUGUGGUUUAUCGGUGAUCACAUUAUAGAAUUGGACAUCUGUGUUCGGAAUGAUGCUGAUCAUCAGAGUCAAAAUAGAUUGUCAGAUCUGGUCGCAGAACAUUUGGAUCAUCUGCAUUAUCUAAAUGACAUUUUAAGUUUGAAUAUACCGGACUUGAACAAAGUUCUAUCAGAACAUUUAUUACAUAAACUAUUAGUCCCAUUGUACGUCUAUUCUCUGAUGAAAUACAAAAACACUUUGUGCCAAACUCAGGAUGAGAGAAAACACGUCAGUGUUGUGGUAGCACUUUUUCUACUUUCUCAAGUCUUUUUGAUAGUGUCACACGGACCUCUUGUACAUACGUUAGCGACUGUAAUGCUCAUGUCCGAUUUCGAGACGAUUCAAAUUGGAACGAAUAGAGUUCUGGAAAAAUUCGGUGAUAUAACGUCGAAUAAGUCUGUUACUUUUUCACCGCCAAAAGAAACAUUGAAAAAAUCUUCGAAAACUCUAAAUGAAACGCACUUAAUGUCUGAAGAACUUUACAAUCAAGAAAGCAGUAUAAAUAUAAAAGAGGUGGUUAAAAAUGUAAUUGACGAAUUGCAAGAAUUUGAUCACCCAAGCACGUCUUUUGAUGAUGCUUCUAACGAUGCUACCCCUGUAAAUACACCUGUUCUUACGAAUACGCCACUAGAUACAAGCAUUCCAAGUGAAGAGGAUCUAGAAGAAAUUAAGCAAUUGAAUGUGACAGAUGAGGAGAAAGAGCAACGCUUGGCACUGGAGAGCCCUUUGAUGCCUCAUCAAAGUCAAAAUGAAGUCAUAUUCGAUUCUAUAGCAAAAAAACCAUUUUUAGAAACAAUAACCAAUUCCUUAUUAUGUACAGAAAAUGAUUAUGCUGCAUUAUUCGCACUUUGCCUAUUGUACGCAUUAGCUAAUAAUCAGGGUAUAAGUCGUAAAAUUCUGGAUAUAAUUUUGUCUCCAUUCCAUAAUAAUACGUCGACGAAAAAUUCCUAUAAUGAAUUACUCAUGGAAAGAUUGAUUCAUAUUAUAACUUUGAGUUGUCAAACAAAUUCUAAAGUGAGGCUCGUUACCCUGGAGUUGACUAUUAAGCUAUUGACACAAUUGACAGUAUCUGAAGGACAAUGUCUAUUACGAGAAUCGCAUCUAGCAGUCAUUGAAGCAGCGAAAGAACAAAGUACAUCUCUGUUAAAAAACUUCUACAAGAGCGAAGAUAUUUUUUUGGACAUGUUUGAGGACGAAUAUAGUGAAAUACAAAAACGACCGUUAAAUGUCGAGUGGUUAAUGAUGGACAGCAAUAUUUUGUUGCCUCCUACAGGCACACCUAUGACUGGCAUUGAAUUUAGCAAAAGGCUGCCAUGUGGUGAGGUGGAAAGGGCACGUCGCGCAAUAAGAGUUUUCUUCCUGAUAAGAGAACUAUCUCUGACACUCAAUAUGGAAGUGGAAACUCAAUUACCACUGACUAAUCCGGCUAAUUGCGUACAAGUUAACAAUGUUCUUGAUCUAAAUAACAGUGAUUUGAUUGCAUGCACUGUUGUGUGGAAAGACGGCCAGAAAAUUCGUCGUUUCCUAGUUAUUGACGUUGUGCAAUUGAUUCUUGUGGAACCUGACAUCAGUAAGCUCGGAUGGGGUGUUGCAAAGUUAGUUGGUUUUUUACAAGAUAUUGAUGUGGCUGGUGACAAGGAUGAUUCAAGAUGUUUAUAUUUAACAAUUUACAAACCAUUAAGCAGUAGUACAGGCAAUCGUAUACCGUUGCUGUCGGCUAAAUUUAUUUUCGAUGAUCACAUUCGAUGUAUGGCAGCCAAACAAAGGUUGACAAAAGGACGUAUAAAAGCAAGACAAAAGAAGAUGAAUCAGAUCGCAAGAUUGCUGGAUAUUCCAACAAGUAUACCGCAUUGUUCGACACCACCCAAUUAUGCUUUGCGUAGUUUACGACAUGAACGUAUAAUCGGACGUGGUCAGAGACUGCAAAGGGAUCAAGCGAGACCGAUGUUUAUGGUAAACAAAGUUCCUGGAUUUGCAGCACAAAUGCGUAGGGAGAAUGUUAGGCCGGUGGCAUCGUCGAGUUCCAAACGCGAUGAUGCUAGUUCGAACGAAAGGAUUCAUGAAAACGGUUUACGAUCUAGAGACGGUUCACCCAAGAUGCCAAGGCCGCGGAGCGAGGAGAUCCCUCUAGAGGACAUGUGUAUUCGGAAAGCCUCUCUUACGUCCAAUGGGUUGAAUGUAGCGCACAUAUGUCCAGAAAGGAGGGAUAGUCAAGGUGCCUGCUCAAAUAACAGCGAGACAACGUCUGUAAUUAGGAAACACUCUGAAGAAACGUCUUUCACAUCUCCGCAAGAACCAAAGCCACGUAGAAAGGGCCAAGUAGAAACUGUGUGAUUAAAACAGUUAACUCUUGGCAAAUUAAUAAUUCAAACUAAACGUAUCUUUAAAAAAAAAUCUUAGAGGACAAAUGAAGAUGUGUAUAUGCCAUACGUUUGAAUUAGCAAAAAGAGCCUGCUUGACUAAAUUAAUAAAAAAAUUUUUAGUAUGUUUUAUCCUACAA